AUGGCACCUGCCCAGCAAGCCUCCUCCGCGUCACAGACCCCGCAUUUCUCACCCGCCGAGCUCUCAUACCUCUACACUUCACUUUCUUUACCGGACGGCCCUAUUCGACCGGAUGGACGCUCUCCUACGCAAUUCCGGCCAUUAACUGCCGAAACAGGCAUUCUCCCAGGAGCCAAUGGCAGCGCACGCAUCGGCUUCGCGGACGGAACGGAGGCCAUUGUGGGAGUCAAAGCGGAGGUGGAAAAGACCGUUCUUUCGACGGAUGCGCUCGACCUUAGACAGCUGCAGGAGCAGGAGCAACCGGAUGAAUACGGCGACGAGGAUGCCGGGGAAGGACGGGAAGGAUCUCAUGCGGCGGCCGGACAGAGCUCGUGGGUACAGAUGUCGAUUGAGAUCCCAGGCUUUCGGGACGACGAUGCUUUGCCGGUGUUCUUGUCGGAGAUGAUGAGAGAGUCGCUCGUAGGAUCGUCUUCUGGAGCGGGAAGUGAUGGUGACAAAGGGAUGGUUGGAGGUCUAAAAAGGAGAUUGGUCAUCAAUCGCAGGUGGCAUUGGAGACUUUACAUUGAUAUCCUUCUCUUAUCUCCGCCGCUUUCCUAUCCUCUACCUCUGCUUUCCCUCACCACCCAUCUCGCGCUGCUCUCCACAAAGCUACCAAAACUCAAAUCUCAGGGUGAGGAAGAUCCAUUCUUCGAGGACGACUGGGCCCAGGCGGAAUAUCUUUACCCGCGCUCCAACAAGAAAAUUCCGGCUUCAGUAUCUCAUCCCCAGCAGGCCCGUCCUCCGGUAACGCUACUUGUUAUUUCCGCCGGAAACAAUAUCAUCUUUGACCCGAGCAGGGAAGAGAUCGCAGUCGCAGACGCGGUUCUUGCAGUUUCCAUUGGUCGAGAAGACGACGGGGAUGGCCUCAAACUCCUUUCUAUUCGCACAAUCGAUCCCCCAUCCCGUCUGACACAACCCGGAGUUCCAGAUUCUGAGAACGCAGCCACAUUAGGUUCUACUAAUGCGGCGGAAGAGGCGCUCGGUGCCGGUCCAUCUACUGGUGAAGAGGAAGUACCGGGCGUCUGGAGGCCACGAAGAGGUGGGGUGAAGCGAAGCCUGAUCUCGAGGAUGGUAAAGAUGGUUCUCGAGAAGGGCGGCGUUGGCGACGAAGUCAUGGAGGGCCUAGAAAGCGUUGAAGUGGGCUGA